CUCGGCUCCUCGUGUCCCGGCGACUCGGCUCCACUCGGCGGCUCGGCUCCUCGUGUGCCGGCGGCCAUGGCUCUAUACGUGAAGGCGGCUGCCAUCCUGGGACAGCUGGAGGCCAAGCGCGGAUCCGUCAAAGCCCUGGUGUUUAACAGCGGCCACAAGAAUAUUAAGCAGCUCUAUGCUCUGGUGUGUGAAACCCUGAGAUACUCUCCUGUGCUGGAAGAUAUUAUCAGCACGACAGCCCUGCUGAAGAAGGAGAAGAAGCUGCAGAUGAACGUUGCCAAGGUACUGGUGUAUGACCUCCUCUUUGGGAAGGGCCUGAAGUGUGGCGGGAGUUGGAAAGCAUUGAUUAUGAAACAUCGUUCCCAGUUAAAAUCAACGCUUGCCAGACUGAAGAUAAAAAGAAAGGUUUGCCGCAACGAGGACCUCAUUGAAUCAAAACCUGCAAAAGAUUACCGACUGCCCCGUUAUGUCAGAGUGAAUCUGCUGAAAACCAACAUGGAGGAUGUCAUUGACUAUUUCAAGCGCGAGGAUUACCUUUACCUCGGGCAGGCAACUGAUGCAGAUCAUUUGAAGAAUCUUGCUUCUAAACAGUUUGUCUCUGAUCCUCAUCUCCCUGAAUUACUAGUUUUCCACCCAAAGAUUGACCUUCAUGAAAAUGUCUUGUACACAGCUGGACAUAUCAUUCUGCAAGAUAAGGCCAGUUGUCUCCCAGCACAUCUCUUGAACCCUCCAGUGGGUUCUCACGUAAUUGAUGCGUGUGCGGCUCCUGGAAACAAGACCAGCCAUCUCGCUGCUAUUCUUUGUAACAAAGGUAAACUCUUUGCAUUUGACCUGGACACCAAACGCUUGGCUACAAUGGGCACUCUGUUGUUGCGGGCUGGAGUCACAUGCCAUGAAAUGGCCAACCAGGACUUCUUGCUAGUGGAUGCCAGCGACUCCAAGUACCAGGGUGUGAAGUACAUUUUACUGGAUCCUUCUUGCAGCGGCUCUGGAAUUGUAAACCGCUUGAACCAGUUCACAGAUGAUGAGGACUCGUCAUCCACACAGCGCCUGCAGGCGUUAGCAGCUUUCCAGCACAAAGCCCUCAGUCACGCACUGAGCUUUCCAAGUGUGGAACGGGUUAUAUAUUCAACUUGUUCGGUCAACCGUGAGGAGAAUGAAGAUGUUGUUGAGAAGAUACUGCAGCAAUAUGGAAACCAUUUCAGACUAGUCAACCUGAUGCCCUCGUGGCCAUGUCGUGGUCUGGACACAUUCCCUGAAGGUCCCAGGUGUCUCCGUGCUUCGCCAAGCGCCACACUGACAAAUGGCUUUUUUGUUGCUAUGUUGGAAAAGCAAAAUGGACAAAAUGAAUUGGAGCAAAACAGAGAGAGCUUCUCUGAAGAGAGGGUGCCACUGCCAGAGUCUGAUCUUGCUCCUGCGAAGACAUUGGAAGGAAAGCCUGCAGCUUGCACACCAGCUCCUCGAACCAAAAAAGUGAAACGGAAGAAAGUCCAAUCACGAACAUGAAGAGAAAAUAAACUCCAGAUGUUGGAAUGUACGGCAAAACGCAAAAUGCUAGAAGAUCAAGCAGCAUCUGUGGAAGCAAAACGUGAAAGUUGAUGCAAAAGUGACCCUUCAACAGAACUGAAAAGUAGCAGGAAAGUUGGCCUGUGUAUAGCAGUACAAAAUAAGGGGGGGGGAGGGGAAGAAGAGGCUGGCUAGGUGAUAGGUGAAGCUGGAUGGGUCGUUUUGCUGUAAAUGUGAAUGAACUACUUUUGAACCACGUAAACCAGCUGUCUUGAGUCUCUUUUUAUAAAGUUAAAGCAACCAGGUAGCAUGUGGGUGAUACCAUCGUGUAGACAAGAUCUGGCGAUUUAUAGAAUGCAGACAACCUCCACUCAAACUUGUACUCCGAAGGCUUCAGAGUGGAAAAAAUUGUAACAGGGCAGCUGUGAAGGAAAGCUUAACUCGCCUAACUGGAAUAUGUAUAAUAAAAGGUUAUCAUGG